CCACCAUUCUUUUCUUCUUUCUCAUCAGCUUUCCUUUCUUCAUCUAUCUUUCUCUCUCUCUCUCUCUAUAACCAUGACCCGUGAGGACGACGAUUGGGUCCAGGUGGCCAUGUUGAACGACGCCGUCGUGGUCGACCUCUUAAUACAGAUCCAUCAAGCGGCGCAACCGCCACCGCCGCAGGUUAAGUCCACGUCGGAGUCUCUGCCACUAGAAUGGAGCGUCAGGCAGCCACGGUCAAAGCCACUCUCAGUCAACAACAAUAACAAUAAAAAGUUACUUCCACUCUCAACCACGUCCAGCCCCACCACUCCUCUCUCGUGGAGCACCGGCCUCACCGCCACCGCCACCUCAUUCAGCGGCGGUGGAUCCGCCGACGGUAGUAUAGAGGAGUCUAGCCGGAGACAACAACCUGCUCCUCCUCCGCCGCCGCCGCCGGUUGAUGCAUCGCGAUCUAAGUUGCAGCAGAUUAGUGGUGGAACUAGAACGACCUCGUCUUCUAAGAGUUAUAAGAGGCCAAGGAAGAAGAAGAGUCUAGGUGAGCUUAAAGAGGAGGAGAAUUUGCUUAACAAGGAAAAGAGGCAUUUGAAGAAAGAAUUAGCAGUAUUACGCAUGGAUAUAGAGAAGCUCAGAUUGAUCAAUGAAAAAUUGAAGAGACAAAAGGUUGAAAACCAGGCUGUUGUUGUUGUUGUUGCCCCAAAUGAAAUGGGUGGCAACCGCUUUCCCUUAUUGCCCGAUCUAAAUAUAGCCUGUGGAGAACAGGACCUCAUGUGAUCAAUGUCGGUUCGGGUCGUCGACGGGGGAUUCAUGGAUUAGUAGUAGUGUUGAGGAUUGAGGAGGAAGAGGCUAACAUAGGCAUAUAUAUAUAUAUAAAACCAUAUUAAUUAUCAACUUUAAUUUCUGGAAAUUUAAUUUAAUUGGAUUGAUUUGAACAAAAGGAUAUUAUAUAUUAUAUAUUAUUGUGAGUAAGACAAUAAUAUAUAUAAAUAAAGGUAGAUGAGAAGCUUCAUCAUGAUCAGUUAACCAUUAGUAGAUGAAGAUGAUGAUUAAAGAAAAAGAAGAAGAAGAUGAUGAUUCAGAAAAUGACAGAGUCUAUGUUUGGGUUCUUCAUGAAUGUUUCUUGGAGGAGGAAACCACAUGGGAAGGUGCCUUUUUUUAUUUUAUUUUAUUUUUUGGAAUUAAUUAGUUAGGAGGAUGAGGAAGGACACGCCUCUCGACAAGAGGAAGAAGCAUGUUUAAUGAUUGCUUUAAUUAUUCGAGUCUGCACCCAUCUCAAAAUCAACCCGCUACUCUCUACUGUCAUUAUUAUUAUUAAUAUUUUGAUAGUUUACUUUAUUAUUUAGAAUCAUGUAAUGGAUAAUUAAUUAAUUAAUUAUUAAUGUAUAAUUUGAUGGAAAGUAA